CAUUUCAAAGCAUCAGAAUUUCCACAGCUCCUCUCUCACCCAUUCCAAAAGCAACGGCUCCGACUUGAUUUAUGGCUUUUUAUCUCUCCUUCUCCUAUUUAUACUCUUCCUCCGCCAUUUCCACUCGCCGGAGCUUUCUCCGGCCACUCUGAAACCCACAACUUCUUUCACACUAUGAAACUUCUGCUGAAUUUGGCUUCAUUCCACAAUCUUGGAGAGUUUUGAGCGAGGAAAUGCAGUCGAUUGUGUUAAUUAGCUUCUGGGUUCCUCCCCAUUUUCGGGAUGAAGUCGAUUUUUCAGUGAAGUUUCUGCGGUUAAAAUAGCGAUUGUCUUCUUCUUUUUCGAGUUUUCAAUUCUGUAAUUUCAAGCCAUUUGAGAAGGGGAGAUAAAUUUUGGGGGUUUUCGAUACACAAUGUGCAAAAUGAAGGAAUCUGACCAAAGGAGCAAUUACGGUCAUGAUUGGGAAUUAGGGUUCAGAUUUGGCGAUGAAGAGAAGGUUGAAAAAUUGAAGAACUCGAUUCCAGUUUCGAGGUCGAGAGUGAAGCUGUGGAUGACGAGGGCCAUUACAACAAUUCUUCUGUGGACUUGUUUUGUUCAGCUCAUGGCUUUGGGGGAGCUAUGGCGGCCAGAGCUCUUCAAACCCUGUUCUCCCAUGGCUCUUCAAUCUUCUUCUUUUUCUUCUUCUUCUCCUCCUCCCUACAAAGUUUUUCUCCCACCAAAAAGGGUUUACAAGAACAAUGGCUACCUUAUGGUCUCUUGUAAUGGAGGACUCAACCAAAUGAGAGCAGCGAUCUGUGAUAUGGUAGCCAUUGCCAGACACUUGAAUCUUACUCUCAUUGUUCCGAAUUUGGAUAAAACAUCCUUUUGGGCUGAUCCCAGCGAUUUUGAAGACAUUUUCGAUGUUGAUCAUUUCAUAUUGUCGUUGAGAGAUGAGGUUCGGAUAUUGAGAAAACUUCCCCCGAGGCUUGAACGAAGAUUUGAGUCGAGAGUGGUCUACUCAUUGUCGCCUGUUAGUUGGUCGAAUGUAUCAUAUUACCUUAAUCAGAUUCUUCCAUUGGUCCAAAAGUAUAAAGUUGUACAUUUUAAUAAAACCGAUGCUCGACUUGCCAAUAAUGGACUCCCGCUGGAGGUUCAGAAGUUGCGAUGCCGGGUAAAUUUUAAUGCCCUGAGAUUUACUUCCUCAAUUGAGGAGCUGGGAAGAAAGGUUGUUCAAAUGCUGAGAGAUAAAGGUCCCUUCUUGGUUCUUCAUCUUAGAUAUGAAAUGGAUAUGCUAGCCUUCUCUGGUUGCACCCAUGGUUGCAAUAACGACGAAGUCGACGAACUCACUAGAAUGAGAUAUGCUUAUCCAUGGUGGAAGGAGAAAGUUAUUGAUUCUGAACUGAAAAGGAAGGAAGGUUUCUGCCCAUUGACUCCCGAGGAAACUUCGCUAGUUCUAAGCGCUCUUGGGAUUGAUCGUAAAGUUCAAAUAUACAUUGCUUCCGGAGAAAUAUAUGGGGGAGAAAGAAGGAUGGAAAGUUUGGCAGCUGCUUUCCCUAAUCUGGUCAGAAAAGAGACGCUUCUGAAACCGUCUGACUUGCGGUUCUUCCAGAAUCAUUCGUCGCAGAUGGCUGCACUGGAUUAUCUCGUCUCAUUAGAGAGUGACAUUUUCGUUCCUACCUAUGACGGGAACAUGGCAAAAGUUGUCGAAGGACAUCGUCGAUUCUUGGGGUUCAAAAAGACCAUUCUUCUAGACAGAAAGUUGGUGGUUAGCUUAAUAGAUCAGUACAACAACGGAUCGUUGGGGUGGGACGAGUUCUCUUUUGCUUUGAAGGAAGCUCACUCCGACCGUAACGGGAGCUCGAAGAAACGAGUAGUCAUUCAAGAUAGACCGAAGGAAGAAGAUUAUUUCUACUCAAAUCCGAACGAGUGUUUGGAAGAGCCAUUGAGAAACUCUUGAUAUCAUCAAGGAGGUUUUUCAAACUUUGUACAUUUGUUGAAGGACAAGUGAGAAGGGAAGUGUUCCAUUGUAGUUUUGGUAUAGAGAGGGAAGGAGAGGCUUUUGGCUGAUUAUCGAGUACUUGAAUUAUGAAUAAAUAUGACUAUGAGAUGUAUUAACAACACUAAGCCUCUCCUCUAGAUCUAACUUUAGAUUAGCAAAAAUUGUAAGAGGGUAAUAAAUUGGAUCAUCCAUAAUUUUUGAGACUCA